AUGAGUAACACACAGGGCAAUCAGGGCACUCAAAGCACCCACGCAGAGCAGACCGCUGAAGUUGGCUGGCAAUUCGUUACCCAAUACUACAAUUUUGUAAACUCAAAGCCAGACAGCCUGCACUACUUCUACAACCAGGACUCCACGCUGAUCCACGGCUACGAGGAUGGCGAUGAGCGUACGUGCUUUGGCCAGAAGGAUAUAAACGCACGCGUCGCUGAAAUUGGCUUUGAGAACUGCAAGGUCUUCGUACACUCGCUCGACUCACAGUCUUCUGCCAAUGGCGGUAUUCUCGUUCAAGUCGUCGGCGAAAUGUCAAACAGGAAUGGUCCUUGGAGGAAAUUUGCUCAGACGUUUUUCCUCGCAAAACAGCAAUCUGGAUAUUUCGUACUCAACGAUAUUUUCAGAUAUCUUCGCGACGAUGAUGAGGUGGAUGAGGAUAAGCAGGUUGAGGAGAGCAAUGAUGUUGGCAGCUACCCAAUUCAAUCUCCAAAGGCUGCUUCUCCUGCUCCAGCGGCCAUUGCUUCUCCAACUCCGCCUGCUGAGCCUGUCGAUGACAGGAGCGAGAAGGUGGAUGACAAGCUGGAUGAUAGGAAGGAUGUGGCUGCCACUGCUGCUACCUCCUCAGUGCACUCUGCUGUACAAUCUCCUGAGAGAGCUGCCAACGCUCCUAAGACUUGGGCAAAUUUAGCUGCAGCUAACUCAAAGAAGUGGGGUCAACUCUCGCAAGACAAGACAUCGCCAUCACCCUCACUUCAGCCAGCUACUGCUAGCUCAACUGUUACCUCUCCACGCACUACACGCGCAGACCCCGCGAAACCACCAACUCCAGCCCAGCAAAACGUGCAAUCAGUAUCUCAUGCGCUCUGUUUCGUCAAGAACGUCACUGAUCAAGUACAAGAACCAGAAUUAAGAUCAAUCCUGCAGGCUAAAUUUGGUUUGAUUAGGGAUGUUGACGUCGUCAGAAAUAAAGCAUGUGCCUUUGUCCAGUUCGACAAGAUCGAGAGCGCUAAGAAAGCCAUUAUCGCAUCCCACAGUAAGGAGCAGGGUGGUGAAGGCGGUGUUAAGAUUGCUGCCCAGACUGUACAACUCGAGUCGAGAAAAGAAAAAACAAAGAACAAGCAACAGCAGAGAAAGAAUACUGGUAAUAACAACGGCAACGCUCGUUCUAAUCAAAACAAUCAACAAAAUCAAUCUAGAAACAAAAAGUAG